GUAGGCUCUUGUACAUACGUCAUCACGUCGUAAGUAACACGUCAUCACCAAGCGUCCGCUGCAUGGACCAUAAUAAAGUCUGCCGCCAGUCAGAGUUUUAACAACAAUGGACAACAACACAGAGAACACCGUUCGCACUUUGCUGAGUCUGUUGCUUAUUUGGAUAUAUGUUUACAGUUUAAUGGGAAAGAAGGCUCGUCGCCGUUAUUCAGGCCCCCAGGAUAGGCGCAUACUUCCGCAAUUCACCAGUGCUCAGAGGCCAAGCCUGGUAUUGCAGCUGUUUAAGCUGGCUGUGGACGGGGGUCCGUCAUUUCAUGUGGCCCAGAACAUGCCGUUAUUAUGUCCGUGGUCGUCGCAUGGACUAUACGUCAUCCAGCGCAGGUUGCGUAGACGUGCGUGAGCGCGUGUCGGCUCUGUACCGUAGCGGUCCGGACCGUAGCAGCACACCUCUCCCACGUGGCAUGGCCUGGCCAGACUGGCCACACUCACACUGGCAGAUUUGAGCACGGUUAGGUGUGAAAACGGCCACUUGGCCUAGUGUGAGUGCACCCUCAUGACAUGUGUAACGUAACAUCCAAUCAGCGUUCGACAGGUGUUGGUGUCGGAUUGACUCGGCUGCCAGAUCGACUCGGGGUCCUUGAUGCGCACCCCAACCCACACCGAUACCCUACUACCCACACCGGACUGGAUUCCUUUCACGCCGGUUGAUAGACGUGCCAGGGGUGAGCUAACUAACGGCUGUAGAGUUUACUGUGGGUCAAAUGGAUUUGGUUUGCAGAGGGGACAAUCUACAUGACGGCAGCAGUAGCACAGAAAAUGGAAACGUCAAUGCCCCCCGGGCCGUCAGUGAUCCCUCGCUGAUUGCCCGUCGUACCCUGCCAUACAUGGUGGACGAGGAGAAGACCUGCCGACCCACACCUUACUGCAGCUCUGUCCAGAAACAGAUCACGCCAUGCAUGAGACAAGUCCUGGCAAUGUGGAUGUUACGGGUUUGUGAGGAAGAGUUGUGCGAGGAACAGGUCUUUCCACUGGCCAUCAGUUACCUGGACAUUUAUUUGAGCCGUAUCCCCACGGAAAAGGACCAUUUGCAACUCUUGGGAUCCGUUUGCAUGUUCUUGGCUUCCAAAUACCGGGACACUGUUCCACUCGGUGCCAGAAAGCUCUGCCUCUACACAGACAACUCAAUAUCACUCUCAGAAAUCGUGCAGUUGGAGGUCGCGCUGAUCUCGGUCCUGGGAUGGGAGCUGGCCACUGCGUCACCCAGUGAUUUCCUAGAGCCCAUCCUGCGGGCUCUCCCGUUUGCUGCUUCCCUCGACCUCAAGUCCGUGCUCCGCCAUCUUCACUCCUUUAUAUACCUGGCAGCCGUUGAGAACCAGUUUGUGUUGUUCCAUCCCUCCACCAUUGCAUGUGCCUGUGUGGGGAUUGCCAUGCAAAGACUGACACUCCUCCAAGACAGGUUCUCCUGUGAUUCACUUUUGCAGCACUUGGCCGAACUUUUGGUCAUUGAUCUGGACUCCAUUCAGCACUGCUACCGUGCUCUGGAGAGCAAAGUGGUGCUCAGACUGCUCGCAGGCCGGGGCAGCCCCCGGCUUAGCGUCCCCCAGCCAGCCAGCCAGCCAGUCCACAGCUUAGCAUCCCCCAGCCAGCCAGCCAGCCCACAGCUUGGCGUCCCCCAGCCAGCCAGCCAGCCAGCUCCAACCCCACUGACAUUCAGGAUGUUCUGCUAACACCUGUGGCUUAGACAGGUGGCUUGUCUGAAGGCCCCUUUACGGCCAUGUGCAAGGCUAGAGUUAAGCUUGAAAAUGAUCAAACACAAUGGAUUAAAACUAAAUGGCUCUGUUGGCUGAAGGCCCCUUUUUACAGCGUAAUCCUAACGUGCAAUGUUUGAUGAAAGAGGUGUAAGGUUUAUUGCUAGGCUGUUUAAAUAUUCUGAAUAAUCUAUUUAAUGCAUACUAUUAAAUGCAACACUUGGAAAAAUGGUUCUAGUGAUUUGUCUCUUUGCGGGUGCACUCACACUAGGGCAUCUGGCCGUGGCCGUUGGUCGUUUUCACACCUAACCGUGCUCAAAUGGCCCCAUUGUUCUCUGGCCUGCACUCACACUAGGCCAUCUGGCCGUGGCCGUUGGCCGUCGCAACUGUGGCCUGGCCCAUGGACGUAUUAUAGAAUGGACAACGGAUUCCAAAAUGACGCCUAUUCAUUCUUAUGUAAACUGCUCAGUGGCACAGGGCAACAUCAAGGAGCGAUAUGCUUCCGCAUCAUGGGUCUAUGGCUACGCCCUAUUUCAUGACGUACCGGAUGCAGAAAAAUGGAUUGAUCGAUGACUAUCUUCUCAAGUGAGUUUGUUGGAAAGGCCGAAAUGUUUGCAUGAUCAUCUAUUUAUAGAGAACGGAUCCAUCCGCCACUCUCACUGCUAGUUCACAUUUUCAAGUUUCUUAUGAGUUUUGCAUGAAAUAUAUUUCUUAAUAGAAAUAUAUAAUGUAAAACAUUACAGCUCUCCAGAAAUAU